UCGCCUAUUUUCCUUUUACCUGUCGCCCAGUCCCGCUGGUUUCACUAGAUGGAACAGCCCUCUUCGUCAAAAUCGUCUGCAGUAAGAUGAUGAACAUCUGAUCUGCCGUUUUCGAGUGUAAAAAACACCUGCGGAAUCAGUAACGGAUUAGUAUGGCCAAGAAACUGAGAAAGUUCCUAAUCCUUUUGGAUAACGAAAGUUUGCUCUACUUUCCUGGAUCCUUUCUAACGGGACGUGUUUUGGUUGAUUUGGAUGAAGACACGGCCGUCACAGGUCUAUACUUUCACAUCGUCGGUGAAGGGGUGGUGAGGCUGAGUGAUAGAGGUAGUGGAAGCAGCCAUAAUGACAAAGAAAAUUAUAUUGACUUCAGGAUGAAGUUGCUGGGAGAAAGCAAUGGCAGAGCUGGAGGAUCUGAAAGAACCGUCGAAUCGGAUAGAAUGAUCAUCUUAUCACCCGGAGUUCAUUCUUUCCCCUUCAAACUGGGUCUUCCUCUAGGUCUGCCCUCUACAUUCUUGGGGAAGCACGGGUGGGUCCAGUACUACUGUAAAACAGCACUAAAGGAACCAUCCGGACUGACUCACAAGAAUCAGCAAGUCUUCAUCGUUAUGAAUCCUAUAGACUUGAAUCUAGAGCCAGCUUUGCUGAUGCAACCUUUCCACUGUGAGAUCGAAGACACUCUGGGCAUUCCUUGUCUCAACUCUGGACCCGUCUCUUGCCGAGUUCGACUGGAUCGCGGUGGCUACGUCCCGGGGGAAAGCAUCUGUAUAUUCGCAACUAUUGACAAUGGAAGCCGAGUCACGAUCAAGAAGACGAAAGCGAUUCUUACCGAAACUAUCCAAUACACUGCCAAAAGCAAAAUCGUGCAGUCCGAGACGAGGGAGCUGGCUUCCCUCCAGAAAGGCCGGAUAGAUCCCGGAACGACGGACCACUGGAAGAACGAGAUGCUCUACAUACCACCCCUUCCUCCCACUAAUUUGAGGGGGUGUCAUCUGAUCAAGAUACAAUACGAUGUUUAUUUUAUGCUUGAACCUAAAGGAGUGGACAAAAUUCUCAAACUGCAGUUGCCAAUCAUGAUAGCCACCUACCCGAUCAGAAACAGUGACGGAACACUACAGCGAAGAAAAGGGACCAGUUACCCAUCGACCCUCCCCAUUUUCAGACCUUGGUUAAACGCUGGCAAACUUAAAUGAACUUCGAGUCAUUUUCAGUCAAUUCAGUGCUCAACAAUAAGCAGCUAUAUUGUCAUUACUAACGCUUCCUGGGUGUAAAAUAACAGCGUGUGCUUGAAUGCUGCGAAAAUUUGUUUUGUUUUGUCUUUGUAUUCUAAUUUUUUUUAUUGAAAAUGUAAGAUUGUUAUUGUUUUUAGCAUAAUUUGGAAUACAACUAUUUGUUUGCACUACUUC